AUGGUCCGCUCAACUGCACGUGCAAAGCAAGAAGGCAGUCAACUGUUCCUUCCCAGCUAUCACUCGCUCUCGAGCCGUUGUGCAAUGUCUUUACUGGACAGAGUUCGUUCAAUUCUCGGCUUCGCUCUGAAGAAUCCCUUUUCUUUCCUGUAUCUGCUCUUCCAGAGAAUCCUCAAUCUGAUCUUUUCCCCCGCUCCACCGCCACCCUGCAGCACGCUUCGUCGCCCAAGAAUUGCCGUAAUUGGUGCAGGCUUGACUGGCAUUUCUUCUGCUGCUCACUGUGUUGGACAUGGCUUUGAUGUGAAGAUAUUCGAGGCAAGGUCGAAGGAGAAGGGGUUGGGUGGGAUAUGGAGCCGUGUAAAUUCGACAUCCGCUCUUCAAAUCCACAGUCUCCUCUUCCGGUUCCAUCCCUCCAUGAAAUGGGAUUCAGCCUAUCCGACUCAGAAUGAAAUUCGGGAACAGAUUGUUGCUCUUUGGAAACGCUACGGUCUUCAGGGUAAAACUGUGUUUAACACCCCAGUAACAUCUGUGAAAAAGACUUCCUCAGAACAAUGGAUCAUCAAUGAGAACGAAGCGGAGCAUGGACUCUUCGAUGCGAUUAUCGCCGCCGUUGGCGCAUGUGGGGAUCCCGCGAUGCCUUAUCUGCCUGGACAGGAGAAAUUUAAAGGCCCAACAUUACAUUCUUCAGAACUUGAUGGCAAAGAAUUCAAGGGCAAAAAGGUGCUCAUCAUUGGCGGCGGUGCAAGUGCCGUCGAGGCCCUCGAGUAUGCCGUCAGCUGCGGAGCUGGUGGAAUCGACGUGCUGUCACGAUCCGAUAAAUGGAUCAUUCCCAGGAACGUCUUCGUCGAUUUUCUUCUCUCGUUAAAUAUCUUUGGCGGAGAGACGUCGUUCGCUUGGAUUCCGGAGUGGUUACUCCGCAAGUUCUUCUACCGGGACCUCGACGAUAUUUCUCCAGCCGAAAUCGGCUUAUACACGGAGACACCAAUGGUCAGUUCACAGCUUUUCGACCAGAUCCGGUCAGGAAAAGCGCGCUGGUUGCGCGGUGAUAUUAUCUCCGUGGAAGAGAACGGGAUCAUGUUCAACCAUCGCGCCAAGGGCGUACCCAAGGGUGGUCCUGGCCACCAGGCACUGGUGCCAGGGGACGUUAUCAUCAUGGCUAUGGGAUACAAACGACCAUCUCUCUCGUUCCUGCCAGACAAAGUGUUUGAAGGUCGGUAUGGCCCCCCUAACUGGUACUUGCAGGUCUUCCCUCCCCAGGAGCCUAGCAUCUGUGCGACGAACAGCACCUAUGUCAACGCUAUCGGAACGGUCGGGAGUUUUCAUAUCGGCAUCUACACACGGCUCCUGCUCAUGUUUCUUGUCGACCCAUUGACCCGACCGAAUGAACACCUAAUGAAGAUGUGGAUCGAAUUCACGAUGUUCAUGAAGACGUUUGCGCCCACAGGGGCAUUCGAUUUCUUCACAUAUACGGAACUACUCUACUGGUACUGUUUCGUGAGCAUCAUCAACCCGUUUCGGUGGAAAUGGGUGCCGUUCGUGUUCUUUGGUAUUGGCCGUUCUCUCCCCAUAAAGGUAGUCGAGCAGGAAGACCGCCUUCGGGGGGUGAAUGGGAAAAAUAAAUGA